CUUGUAGCUAUUGUAGCCUUAUCCCCUUGAGAACCUAUGGCUAUUCCCAUAUUAUAGCUCUUCAUGUCCUAUAGAUAUACCAUAUAAUAGCCCUUGAGGAUCUAUGGAUUUCACUAUAUAAUAGCCCUUAAGGCCUUCCGCUUAUAGGACUAUUUGACUUUUAACCUUUAACCUUGGAUCCUGGGCACAGAGACGUCAGACAGACACUGAACAAUAUAUAUAUAGAGAGAUUUUUUUUGUUUUUAUAUAGAAAUCAAUCCAUCACCAGCAGCAAUUUUAACUGGUCAUGAUAGAGAAAUAACAUGUUUAUGGAUAUCAGCUGAACUUGGUAUUGUUUUAAGUGGUAGUGAACAAAGUCUUGUACUUCAACAUACACUUAAUGGUGAUAUAUUACGUUCAUUUGAAAAUCCAUCAAAAAUAUCUACACCACGUCUAUUAUCACCAUCAAAUGAUGGUGAUAUUAUUGUUUGUUAUGAUCGUUCAAAAUUAUGUUUAUAUACAUUAAAUGGAAAAUUAAUGAGACAAGCAAUAUUUGAAGAUGAAACUAUUCAAUGUAUGGUUUUAAAGGUUGGUAGACAAUAUACACUUAUUGGUGGUGAUCUAGGUUUUGUACAAAUCAUUCGAACACAUGAUUUACAACCUGUUUAUGCUUAUCCACAAUGUGAUGCUAGUAUUCGUUCAUUAGCAAUAACUCAUGAUCAAAAAUAUAUCAUGGCAGGUCUUUCUACAGGUUGUUUGAUUGUAUUUAAUGUUAAUUUUAAUGUUCUUAAUCAACCUCGACGUGAUUUUGGAACGCCUACUGCAAAUGUGUAA